ACAAAUCCAUCCUUUCUUACGAUCUUUCCCACGAACCAUCCACAACAACGUCUCGCUUUCUUCAACAUGAGCGUGAUCACCCAAGUCGGUAUGACUUCUGCUGGUCGCUCGACCAGACGUCAUCUUCCACAAUGCGUCAGCGCAUGCACACACAUCAGAAUGGAUCGCAUCUAUGGAAACUGGUCGUGUGAUACGUGUCGCAAACCCUCGCCUUUUGGUUGGCUCUACCACUGCACCUCUGAUGUUCCGGAAGUGGGAGACUAUGCCUUCAUCAAGUCCUUAACACACCCUGUCAGUCCAGCUGGAGAGGAACUUCGCCAACUGGGUCUUAGCGAGCCUGUCGUCAAGGAGUUUGAGAAGGGUGGUUACACCGACGACCAGAUUCAGAAACUCAUCCGUCAGAAGCAACACUUGCAANAGGUCCUGGGAAGUUCCACCAAGCCCUUACCCACCGUCAACCAGCAAUCAUCCGAGCACGCCAACACUGUAUCAGACGACAUUCGCUGCGAGUUCAAAGUUUGUCAACGCUGCGGUCCUGUGCGCAAGGAGCGUUGCUGGGUCUCGUUUGAGGCUGUCUUUGAAGACGAAGUCAGACCCAUCGACAACUACGAACUCACAGAGGGCCUUCCUGUCAAGGAUGCCCGUAUCGCGAAGACCCUUGGACUUCGUACUCCCGUCCAGGUUGUGCCCCCUCCUGUCUGGGGUCAAACCCCCACCGGCUCACCAGCUCGCUCUGGCUCAUUCGGCUACACCGACGAUGGUUUCUCUACUGAUGAUGAAUUCGACUACGAGAGCUGCGGUGACGCUCUGUCUUCGACUUCGCACGAGGGCGAAGACAACCUUCAGACACACGCUGGACACGAAACGCCCUUUGUCACUCUCAGAGACCCACGCCACGCUCACACACCCCGCUCUACUAUCAGACUUGUCGCCAACUCUGCAUCUCGUCACAUGCGUCGUACUUCGACUGCCACCAACGACGAUGAAUCGCCUUCCCAUUCGCACACUACAAGCUCAUCAAUCAGCCUCCCCACCAUUCCCACAACUACAUCAUACACGAUUCUUCCAGGCUGCGAAGAGACUGUCCAAGAGCUGAAAGCACAAUACUCGCUCAAGGCCAUGACAGACCCCGAGUUCUACUCUGGCCAUCCCUUCGACUUGACUUCUUCUGUGUCAAGCAGCUCCAGCAUUGGCUCAGAGAUUGCUGUUGAGGGAGGCUUCGCUUUGACAGAGGAAGCCAUGGACACUCACACUCCAGACUUGUUCACCAGAGUUUAG